AGAUAAAAGCCCUCUGCGGAGCCCAGCCCCUCCUGGGGACUGUGCGGGACCCAGCAGAGCGCCAGGACCAGCCACAGCAUCCCGGAGCCCAGCAGAGUGGGGACCUGUCUCGGAGACCCCCAGCAGAGCAUGGGACUUGGUCUGAGUUGCUGGCAGAGUUCAGGGACCUGCUGGGAUUCCGCAGAGCAGGAGCCUGCCCAGGUCGAGCCUGCCCAGGUCGCCGGCACGCACGUCCUGAAGGCUGGGAGUCUGCAGCCGGGGAAAACUGGUUUUCUACGUUUUUCUGGUUUGUGCUCAGCUCCCUGCUGAAGGAUCUAUUUCUGUCUUUCCUUUGGGGAAAUGCAGAUUUGCCAAUGACUAAUCACAACCCUGCUGAGAUGUUAUCAGCUGUCACCUGCACAGCACGACCCAAACCCAUGAGGGAAAUGAAGAGAUAAAGCCGGCUGCAGCCCCGACCUGCCGGCCGCCUGCCUGCUGCGGAGCAACUAAGUUUCUCCCUCGCUGCCAGGGCCACCUCUGGCUCCCUGCAGCCUGCUGGCAUGUGGCCAUUGCAGUGACCACCCCAAGAGCCCACGGCUGCCUGGAAGGGCUGACUGGGGCGUCUGCGGAGCUGCCUCCCUGCAGGUGGCUGGAGCCCUGGAUGGAGCACGGGACCUGAGCCCCUCAUGUCUGCCUUGCUGACACUGUGUGUGGUGCUCCUGCCCCUGGCCACCCCCGGCCGUGGCGCCCAGCGUCGGGAGCCCUGCACAGACCUGCGGCCCCUGGAUGUCCUGGCGGAGGCGGUCCCUUCGGAUGGCGCCGCGGGCGGAGUCAGGACGGUGCAGGUCCUCGGUGCCCGGGGCCUCCAGCUCUCGGCCGCCCCGCCCCGCGCCUGGAGCUUCCCUGCAUCGAGGAUUUUCUUCAGAUGUGACCUCUUCCCCGAGGAAUUUUCCAUCGUCGUGACCUUGAAGGCCCCCCGCCUUCCUCCCAAGAAGAACGAGUACCUGCUCACCGUGGUGGCGGAGGAGAGGGAUGUGCUACUGCUCGGCCUGCGGUACUCGUCCACCCAUCUGCACUUCCUGUUCCUCAGCGAGGACACGGCCGGCGCCUGGCAGACCCGCGUGUCCUUCCGCAGCGCCAGCCUCAUGGACAGCCAGUGGCACACGCUGGUCUUGGCAGUAUCUGCAGGAUCCUUUUCCCUCAUCAUGGACUGCGGCCUCCCGGUGGACAUAAUGGCUGACGUGCCCUUCCCGGCCACCCUUUCAGUGCGAGGGGCCCGGGUCUUUGUUGGCAGCCGGAGGAGGACCAAAGGCUUGUUCACGGGCCUGGUGAGGCAGCUGGUCCUGCUGCCGGGCUCGGAUGCCACCCUGAGGCUGUGUCCCAGCAGGAAUGCCCAGCUGGCCGAGCUGUCCAUCCCCCGGGUGCUGCAGGGGAAGCCGGGUGAUAACGAGGUGCUGAAAUACCCGUAUGAGGCAGACAUGAAGGUGACGCUGGGGUCCCGGCCACCGUGCACCAAGGCACAGGAUGCCACGUUCUGGUUUGACGCUGCCAGGAAGGAGCUGCACCUGUGUGCCAGCAGCCAGUGGGUCUCUGUGUUAGCAGCCAAAGCCAAGCUGGACUACGUGGAAGAGCACCAGCGCCUGCCCACCAACUCGGAGACGCUGGGCCUCGAGGUCUUCGGCAUCCCCGGCGUGGGGCUCUUUGUGGCCGCGGCCAAUCGGAAAGCCAAGUCCGCCGUCUACAAGUGGACGGAUGGGAAGUUCGUCUCCUACCAGAACAUCCCCACACACCAAGCCCAGUCCUGGCGGCACUUCACCAUCGGGAGAGAGAUCUUCCUGGCCGUGGCUAACUUUGGACCCAACGAGAAGGGUCAAGAGGUCUCUGUCAUUUACAAAUGGAGCCACAGAAAGCUGAAGUUCGCCCCGUACCAGAGGAUUGCCACCCACAGCGCCCGCGACUGGGAGGCCUUCCAGGUGGACGGGGAGCACUUCCUGGCAGUGGCUAACCACCGGGAAGGUGACAACCACAACAUUGACAGCGUCAUCUACAAGUGGAACCCCAGCACCCGGCUCUUCGAGGCCAACCAGACCAUUGCCACGUCCGGAGCCUAUGACUGGGAGUUCUUCACCGUGGGGCCCUACUCCUUCCUGGUGGUGGCCAACACCUUCAACGGCACCUCCACCAAGGUGCACUCGCACCUGUACAUCUGGCUGGUUGGCUCCUUCCGGCUCUUCCAGUCCUUCCUGACCCUCGGGGCUGCGGACUGGGAAGUCUUCCGCAUCGGGGACAGGCUCUUCCUCGCCGUCGCCAACAGUCACAGCUACGACGUGGGAAUGCAGCUGCGCAACGAUUCCUACACCAUCAACUCCGUCAUCUACGAGCUGAACGUCACCGCCCAGGCCUUUGUCAAGUUCCAGGACAUCCCCACCUGCAGCGCCCUGGACUGGGAGUUCUUCUCCGUGGGAGAAGAUCACUUCCUGGUGGUCGCCAACUCCUUCGAUGGAGAAUCAUUCUCAGUGAACAGUAUUAUCUACAGGUGGCAGGGCUACGAGGGCUUCGUGGCCGUGCACAGCCUCCCCACCUUCGGCUGCAGGGACUGGGAGACCUUCGACACCUCGGCCGGCUCCUACCUCAUCUACUCCAGCGCCAAGGAGCCCCUGUCCAGGGUCCUGCGGCUGAGGACCACCUGAAGGACGGCGUCCAGAGCAGGGUGGCCGGCAGCCCAGGCAGCUGGCUGGCGGCAGGCGGGACGUGGCCCCUGUGUACCUCUCUGAGCAGGGCUCUCCACGUGGCAGGUGGCCCUGCAGAGCUGCAUUCCUGGUGACCACGGCCAUGUUCCAGAUGACCAGGCGUCCUUCAGGCUAAGGCCCAGGGCUGUCCCCUGGUCUCCCAGCCUGGUCCAGCAGGGAUUCUGCCAUAAAGGAACAAUUACCAAGUUUUACCUCAGACACAGCAGGGCCCCUGUGCGUCCCUGGCCUCGGCCUCCCCUGUGGGUCCCUGGCCUCCGGACAGUCCCCCGUGCAGCCCGCCCUCGCGUGCACCGGGAGGGACACCUAUUUAUUGUGUUGUGAUUGUGGAAUAUAUUUAUAUGGCUCUUUACAGAAA